AUGUUCACCCAGUAUAUCCACGCUGUUUUAUUCACAAUUAUUUUUGCUACACUCCUGCAGUCAGGAUAUAGUCAAGAAGGAGAUGAUUGGAAUUAUCUUGUUUUAUCACUAACUUGGCCACCAACAUUCUGUAGCAAAGUUGAAUGUAAACUGCCACCAAGAAUGAAUGAUUUCAACAUUCAUGGAUUAUGGCCUUCUGUUUGGCCCGGUAGACAACCAACAAAUUGUUCAGCUCAUCCAGCCUUUGAUAUCGAUAAAUUGUCGGAUCUCAGGGGUCAAUUAGACUCUGAAUGGGUGAAUUUGAUGGACUAUCAAAAUCCAAUACCAUUUUGGGAACAUGAAUGGUAUAAACACGGUCAGUGUGCAACAGAAGACACCUUAAUAUCUGAUGAACUUGGCUAUUUUAAUACGUCCUUAAUUUUAAAAGAUAAAAUUGAUUUACUGAACAUGCUGAAUUCAUACGGAAUUCAACCAGCUAAUGAUCAGUUAUUAGGAAAUCGAAAAGAAUUUGAAAUUAUGGUAAAUUAUGGUAUCACAUAUCAUAGGCAGUUUUUUCCAAAAGAUCUAAACAGUUCCAAAAUAAGCCUAGUAACUUGUGAAAUAUCAAGGACUGAUUUUAAACCACAAAAUGACACUUUCUUUCAAAAGUGA